AUGGCCGGAUUGGAAAUAGUUGUCGGAACGUACGAGGAGUUCAUUGUCUGCUACCGAACAGAACCCUUGCGGCUGGAUCCAAACAAGUUAUUCCUCAAAGAAACCUUUGCUGCCCAUCUUCAUACGUCAUCAGUGCGAUCGAUUGCUUCUAACCGAAACUAUGUUGCUACAGGGGGAGCGGACGAUAGGAUUUGUCUGAUAGACAUGCAGCACGGUACAAAGGUAACGGAUUUCCUGCAUCACGAUGGAACGAUCAACACGCUUGUCUUUUCCAACGAUGGUAGUUAUCUGUUCGCUGGAAGCAACGAUGGUAGUAUGAGUGCCAUCAGCAUGGCAAAGAUGUCCGUUGUUAAAUCAUGGACAAGGGCACACAAAUCUGCAGUUCAAUGUAUUUCCAUUCACCCUCAAGGUAAAAUGGCUUUAAGUUUAGGAUCGGACAUGACCCUCAAAACAUGGGAUCUAGUAACAGGUCGAACACUAUUCACGACAGCAUUGAACAAAAAUGCCAAGUACGGGCAUGUUCUGAUUGAUGUGCAAUGGUCUCCGGAUGGUGAACAUUUCGCCUUGCUUGGGAACCGUGUGGUAGAUAUCAUUAGCAUCGAUACAACACGCUCGAUUCGAACGAUAGAACUAGAAUCGAAACCCUGUACGAUGUGUUGGCUAUCACGCGAAGAAAUUGCCGUUGGUUUAGAGAACGGAGUACUGAUGAUGGUCAAUGUUCAUCAGGAGAAGCAACAGGAAAAAUUGCAGAUUUACGAUUCUCGCAUAAAAGCAUUUGCUAUACUUGGCGAUUAUAUCGCAACAGCUUCAAGCGCUGGGGACGUUUCACUGUGGCAGCUAAGCGAUACUGAUUUCAUUCAAAUAUGCACGCAACAAAUCGGGUGUCGUCCGAUAUGCUUGACACUGACGAAGAGCACUGGCAAAUCUUUGCACGAAACUUAUCUGCUAAAAAAAGAUAAAACUCCGCAGAAUUUGGACUCAGCAAAGGGCGAAGCUAACCAAUUUACACGAAGCGUUGCUUCGAAAGUAGCGAAAGAGCUCGCCUGGGUUAGCGUUGAAAAGGAGGAUCCUGUUGAAUUGGCAGCGUUGAAGCAACUGAGUGGUCGGUCUAUCAACAAGCGAAAAUCUUUUGUGCUGAGAAAAAGUGUGUCAAAAAAAUCAACCACACGUACUGUUUACAAAUCAAACGGUUUUGUAGAAGAAACAAUAAAUGAAAGCGUGGUUCCCAGCAAAGCAAGCAAGAUUGGUAAAGCAGGCAAGAAGAGAAAAUCAAUUAAAUGAUUAUUGCCUGAAAUGAAAAUAAUUUACGAACCGGGUACAAGAAC